AUGUUUCAGUUCUGUGCUGUUCCGGGCUUCAUUGUGAGAAAAGGAGUAAUGGGUCGGAAUGUCUUGGUGUUUGGUCUUGCCAUUUUGGUUCUUUUUGGAGGCGUCUCAUCAGCUGCUCCUACUGCUCCAGCAAAGAUUGUCAGUGGGGUUUUUUCAAAUGCUGCUUCUGCUUUCAUGAAAUGGCUGUGGCGGCUGUGGUCACUCAGAGCAACAUCCAAAACAGCGAUUUCUGGCCGUCCGUUGAUGAAGUAUGAGAGUGGGUUUAAUGUGGAGACAGUGUUUGAUGGAAGCAAGCUCGGGAUUGAGCCUUACUCUGUUGAGGUGUUGCCCAGUGGGGAGCUUCUGAUUUUGGAUUCUGCUAAUAGUAACCUUUAUAAGAUCUCUUCCGCUCUGUCUCUCUACAGCAGACCAAAGCUGGUUACAGGAUCCCCUGAAGGAUACUCUGGACAUGUAGAUGGGAGGACCAGAGAGGCAAGAUUGAACCACCCGAAGGGGCUUACAGUUGAUGACAGUGGAAACAUUUAUAUUGCAGACACAAUGAAUAUGGCAAUCAGGAAGAUAAGUGAUGCUGGGGUUACAACAAUUGCUGGAGGGAAACAGGGAAGUGGGGGAAGCCAUGUGGAUGGACCAAGUGAGGAUGCAAAGUUUUCUGAUGACUUUGAUGUGGUUUACAUUGGAAGCAGCUGCUCCUUACUCGUCAUAGACAGAGGAAAUCAAGCAAUCAGGGAGAUCCAACUCCAUUUUGAUGACUGUGCUUAUCAGUAUGGAAGUGGUUUCCCCCUUGGGAUUGCAAUGCUUGUGGGUGCUGGCUUCUUUGGUUACAUGCUAGCAUUGCUACAACGCAGAGUUGGUACAAUUGUCUCUUCCCAAAAUGACCAAGGCCCAAUGAAGACGAGCAUUCCUCCAAGUCCAUACCAGAAGCCUCUGAAAUCAGUCAGGCCACCUUUGAUUCCAACUGAAGAUGAGCAGGAGAAGCAAGAAGAAGGCUUCUUUGGAUCGAUUGGGAAGCUUUUGGUCAAUGCUGGGGCAUGUGGUGCUGAAAUUCUGGGAGCAAUAUUUCCUGGUUUCAGAAAAAAGCAUCUAAACUAUCAAGACCAAAUUCAGCAGCAGCAGCAGAAGCAUUCAAAUUCUUGGCCUGUGCAAGAUAGUUAUGUGAUACCAGAUGAGGAUGAGCCCCCUUCUAUUGAAACCCGAACCCCCACCCCACGCAAAACCUACGCAUUCAUGGCCAAGGAUGAUGAAACGAUGCAUCAGUUGCGGCAAAGCCGAGUUUUCUACAAUGGGUGGGAUGAUAUUCAGCAGCAGCAACAGGUGCAAAAACAACAACAGCAUUAUCAUCGUUACCAAUCAUCAAACCCCAAUACUUUCUAUGAGCAGAGUUGUGAAAAAACCACUGAGAUUGUGUUUGGUGAAGUUCAGGAGCAGGAUGGGAAGGGUGAAGCUGUGGUCAUAAAGCCUAUUGAUUAUGGAAAUCCCAUGUUUAAUCAUUACAGUUUUACCUCCCAAAUCAAUCCUGGGGGUUAUACCUAUGGCUAUUGA